GUAACCUGUAUGCGAUCUGAGAUAAGACAGAGAGCUGAAGUCCGUCUUGUGAUCUUGUGGUGUUCGUGUUAUCAAACUCGUGUGAUGCUGGACCAGAGAUCAGAUCAGAGAUGUGGACACCAAGUUAAUCGUAUGCUCUGCUCAGUCACCUGGAUAGCAAGCUAACACUGAUAGUGACGUGGAUGGAGCCUUACAUUAGUGGUGUGUUUUAUUUAUUCAGUUUUGCAGGCCAUCGUUCAUUCAGAAGAUCAUGUCAGAAUGAUCUCACUAUGUGCACGAGGUGAAGUGUGGCAGAUCAUUAAUCACUGCGAUUUAAAGUUCAUUCGUUAGCAUGAGCGCAUCAGUAGUAGUCUACGUUUGUCCAAAUAUACUUGUAUCUCCGCAUAUAUUUGUGCGGAUUGUGUCUCCACAAGUCUAAUAACACGAUUUCAGAGCGGACGUGUGCGGCGCACAUGGUUCCUACCAGCGCGCCGCUGCAAAUGAACUGAAGGUCACCUUCAUUGGAACGGACCAAAUCUAGACACAUAAAUAGGGGUGUUUGUACUGACGCGUUCCUCUCAACGUCUCUUCACCAAGCUCUAACUGUUGUUAAGAUCAUUUCAUUUCGUGUAAAACUUCAAUAAAAUAUAACUUCAGCGUCGUUACUCGUUCAUGCUCUUCGGCUUUCCUGUGCAGACUUGUUCCCCCUCCAUCUCGUCUCCUCCUCUUGUCAUUUUAACGUUUUAGUCGGGCCUGACCGGGAAGCGGAAGUUGGUGCACAUGGAAAGUCGUGGUGCAUGUAUGCCGAUAGAAGGUUAUUGCUACCUGUUCGGUAUAGAGCGAUCAUAUCGCACAUAGUGCAGCUACAGCAGUAAUGAAUGGUGACGGAGGACAUGACCACUCUGAGGAGACAGAGUCCAAGCAGGACGGCAGCACAGAUCCUGAUGCCAGUGAUGACUCCAAUGAACAGGAAGUGAUUGUGAUUCAGGACACUGGCUUUACUGUAAAGAUUCAGGCACCUGGCAUCGAGCCGUUUGACUUGCAGGUGUCACCACAGGAAAUGGUGCAGGAGAUCCACCAAGUGCUUAUGGACAGAGAAGAUACCUGUCAUCGCACUUGUUUUAGUCUGCAGCUCGAUGGCAACGUGCUGGACAACUUUGCCGAGUUAAAGUCUAUCGAGGGCCUUCAGGAGGGAUCCCUGCUCAAAGUGGUGGAAGAACCUUACACGGUGCGCGAGGCUCGCAUUCACGUUCGUCACAUAAGAGACCUGUUAAAGAGUCUGGAUCCCUCUGAUGCUUACAACGGAGUAGACUGCAACUCUCUGUCCUUCCUCAGUGUCUUCACAGAUGGAGAUCUUGGAGAUAGUGGCAAGCGUAAAAAGAAGGGCAAUGAGCUCGAACAGAUUGACUGUACUCCUCCUGAACACAUCCUGCCUGGCAGCAAAGAGCGCCCCCUAGUCCCCCUCCAGCCACAGAACAAAGACUGGAAGCCACUUCAGUGCCUCAAGGUCCUCACAAUGAGUGGCUGGAACCCUCCGCCUGGCAACAGGAAGAUGCAUGGAGACCUCAUGUACCUGUACAUAGUGACACUAGAAGAGCGUCACGUCAGCCUCACCGCCUCCACGCGCGGAUUCUACCUCAACCAGUCAACUACAUACAAUUUCAACCCUAAGCCUGCCAACCCCAGCUUUCUGAGCCACUCGCUGGUGGAACUGCUGAGUCAGAUCAGCCCGGCCUUUAAGAAGAACUUCACUGCACUGCAGAAGAAAAGAGUCCAAAGACAUCCAUUUGAGAGAAUAGCCACACCAUUCCAGGUGUAUAACUGGACUGCUCCCCAGAUUGAUCAUGCCAUGGACUGUGUGAGGGCAGAGGAUGCUUACACCUCCCGUUUGGGAUAUGAGGAACACAUACCUGGCCAGACCAGAGACUGGAAUGAAGAGCUCCAGACAACAAGAGAACUCUCGCGGAAGAACCUGCCUGAGCGUUUGCUGAGAGAGCGAGCUAUUUUCAAGGUUCAUAGUGACUUUGCCGCAGCAGCAACGCGAGGUGCCAUGGCUGUGAUUGACGGAAACGUGAUGGCUAUCAAUCCUGGUGAGGAGACGCGAAUGCAGAUGUUCAUCUGGAAUAACAUCUUCUUCAGCUUGGGCUUUGAUGUCCGUGAUCACUACAAAGAGUUAGGAGGAGAUGCUGCAGCACACACCGCCCCCACCAAUGACCUGAAUGGAGUGAGAGCGUAUGGUGCAGUCGAUGUUGAGGGACUUUACACGCUGGGUACCGUGGUUGUCGACUACAGGGGCUACCGGGUCACAGCCCAGUCCAUCAUCCCUGGCAUCCUUGAGCGUGAACAAGAACAGAGCGUCAUCUAUGGCUCCAUUGACUUUGGAAAGACAGUGGUGUCCCACCCUAAGUACCUGGAACUACUUGAGAAGACUAGCCGACCUCUGAAGGUGCAGCGUCACGCUGUCCUUAACGAGAAGGACGUAGCUGUGGAGCUCUGCUCGUCUGUCGAGUGCAAGGGUAUCAUCGGCAACGACGGGCGCCACUACAUCUUGGAUCUUCUACGCACUUUUCCUCCUGACCUCAACUUCCUGUCUGUGGAUGAGGAGGAGCUAAACCCUGAGAGCCAGAAACAGGGCUUUCCUCGUCAGCAUCGUCACCGCCUGGCCUGUCUGCGCCAGGAACUCAUCGAGGCCUUUGUAGAGCACAGGUAUCUCCUUUUCAUGAAGAUGGCAGCUCUCCAGCUAAUGCAGCACAAAGCAAAUAAGGAUGGCAAGGCUGCAGCCUUGCCUGAGAACACAACAGCCGAACCUGGGAGUACGCCAGCGUCGGCUACUGAGGCUUCUGUGAACGUUGCAGAAACGGCAGCACCGACCUCUGUCUCACCAACUUCCCCCAAAUCCACGCAGACACCCGAGGCAGCCGAGCCCCAGCAAGCUACAGCUACAGAAAACUCUGCAGUAACCACUAAUGGUACAUUGGGUGCUGAUGAACCCACAGGUCCAGAACACCACAGUGGAGGCUGUGACAGUCCUCUGGAGGGUAAGGAGGCCCUUGAAACUAUACCAGGAUUAGCUCAAGCUAAAGAGCUGGCUGAAUCUUUAGCAGCAGAAGAUGGAUCUGGGAUUGACCCCAAAAGCCGAGAGGUCGUCCUGAAUGCUUGCAAAGCGGUGGGCUCCAUCAGCAACACUUCCUUUGACAUUCGCUUCAACCCAGACAUCUUCUCCCCAGGAGUGCGUUUUCCAGAAGAGAGUGCUGAAGACAUUCAGAAACAGAAGCAGCUUCUCAAAGAUGCAGCAGCCUUCCUGGUGUCUUGUCAGAUCCCAGCUUUGAUAAAAGACUGUUUAGACCACACUGCCCUGCCAAUGGAUGGAGCCACGUUAACCGAGGCUCUCCAUCAGCGUGGUAUUAAUGUGCGCUACCUUGGCAGCGUGCUGGAGUUUCUGGACAAGAUGCCUGCAAAACCACAGCUUGAUCAUUUCUAUAGAAUAGGAAUCACUGAACUGAUCACAAGAUGCACCAAACAUAUAUUUAAGACUUACCUUCAGGGUGUCGAGCUUUCAGCCCUGUCUGCUGCAGUAAGCCACUUCCUGAACUGCUUCCUGAGCUCUUUCCCAGAGGCUGUGGCCCACCUGCCUGCGGACGAGCUGGUCUCGCGCAAGAAAAACAAGAAGAGACGGAACAGAGUGCCUGGAGGAGGAGACAACACAGCUUGGGCCAGCCUGACCCCCAGCGAACUGUGGAAGAACAUCAGCACAGAGGCUCGCACUUAUUAUCACUUCGCUCUACAGUGUGAGAGUGCAGACCAGGCAGUAGAGAAAUAUAGCCUGCAAAAAACCACCCUCCUGAGGGAAAUCUCCAUUAAAACUGGCAUCCAGAUCCUGAUAAAGGAGUACAACUUCGAUAGCCGCCACAAGCCGGCUUUUACAGAGGAAGACAUCCUGAACAUCUUCCCAGUCGUUAAGCAUGUCAACCCUAAAGCCUCCGAUGCCUUUCAUUUCUUCCAGAGUGGACAAGCCAAAGUCCAGCAAGGUUACCUUAAGGAAGGAUGUGAGCUAAUCAAUGAGGCCUUGAACCUUUUCAACAACGUGUACGGAGCCAUGCAUGUAGAAAUCUGUGCCUGUCUGCGCCUCCUGGCUCGCCUCAAUUACAUCAUGGGAGACCACCCUGAGGCCCUCAGUAACCAGCAGAAAGCUGUCCUGAUGAGUGAGAGAGUGUUGGGUAUUGAGCAUCCUAACACCAUUCAGGAAUAUAUGCACUUGGCUCUGUACUGCUUUGCUAAUGGUCAGCUGUCCACUGCACUGAAGCUGCUUUACCGUGCUCGCUAUCUCAUGCUGUUAGUGUGUGGAGAGGACCAUCCUGAGAUGGCGCUGCUAGAUAGCAACAUUGGCCUGGUGCUACAUGGGGUGAUGGAGUAUGACCUCUCACUGCGCUUCCUAGAAAAUGCCUUGGCCAUCAAUUCCAAAUACCAUGGGCCCCGAUCCUUAAAAGUUGCCCUCAGUCACCACCUUGUGGCUCGGGUGUAUGAGAGCAAGGCUGAGUUCCGUUCAGCUCUGCAGCAUGAGAAGGAAGGCUACACCAUUUAUAAGAACCAGGUCGGUGAAGCUCAUGAAAAGACCAAGGAGAGUUCAGAGUACUUGAAGUACCUCACCCAGCAGGCUGUGGCCCUACAGAGAACCAUGAAUGAGAUCUACAAGAACGGUUCUAAUGCCAGCAUUAUGCCUCUCAAAUUCACAGCUCCAAGCAUGGCCAGUGUCCUGGAGCAGCUCAAUAUUAUUAAUGGCAUCAUCUUUAUUCCUCUCAGCCAAAAGGACUUGGAGACCCUGAAGGCAGAAGUCCAGCGCAGACAGCAAUUACAAGACUCUGGGAAGAGUGAGGAACCGCAGGAGAAUGGUCAGCUGGCACUGGACGACAAAAUUCCCAUCGAUGAUUAAUCCCACACACGCAUACCCUGUAGCAGGGGAGGCCAUGAUGCAACAGUCAUCUGCUUGAACCUGUAGAACUGAGAACUAAGCUGUGUAACUUAAAUGAAUAUAUAUGAGCUUAAAGCAGAGGGAACAGACAGGGAAAAUGUACAGCAAGUGGUACAGUGAAAAAGCACGGAAACAGUGUUUAAUGCAGGUAGUCAAAGGGACCGACUGUUGCUCUCUUGUUGUUACUGUUUUCCUGCCAGUUUGCUGGUGACCAAGAAUAGCCAUGACUUUGUAUGCUAGAGCCUUAUCCAUCCAUCCACCCAUCCAUCCAUCCAUUCAUUCAUUCAUCAAGCCAUUCAUCCGUCCAUUUUCACAUCUCGCAGUCCAUUUUAUUGUGCUGAGCUCUCAUGAUCUCCUCUCCUUCUCAUUAGAAGUUUACAAGUCCAGGCUUCUAAAUUCAAUGUGAGCUUCAGUGAAGAUGAAGCCCAACGCCACCACUUUCUCUCACCACUAUCCGCGAUCUCAGGUGAUUCCUACACGUCCCUAAAUGUGACCGGAAUUCAGAAAGAUGCACAAGAAAUAAGAAGGAGGUUUCAGAAUGUACAGGCCUCAAAACUAGCUUUCAAAGACCAGUUACAAAUAAGAGUCCCGUUAUAUACCGCACCAUUAACAUACUAAGUGGUGGCGGCCGAGUCCUUACGAUGUUAAGGAUGCGUGUUCUCAUCUAGAGCUUUCCAGAUCAAUCACAGAUGUUCUGUAUAAGUUAACCUAAUCUUUUUCUUUUUUUUUUUUGUAAUGGUACGUAUCUGGGGGGAAAUUAAAGCCAUUUUAUAUCCUUCAUCAAAACCAGUUAAUUUAUGCUUUGUCUAUUUUAUAGAGAUAUAUUUAAAAGAUGUAUAUGUCUGUGAGGUGUGACAAAGUUGAAUUAUGUUGAUCAAAAAGGUGCAGGUUCAAAAGGUCUUGAUCAUUUAAAUGUUAUUCCUUUGCGUGCACGUGUGUGUGUGUGUGUGUGUGUGUCUGUGUGUUAUACUAGUGCAGAGAUCUUGACAGGAUGCCUCUACAGCUACCACUGCUGCUGUGACAAAAUCAUUGUAAUCAUAUUUUUUCUACAUAUAGUUAUAACCAUGGACUCGCUAGCGCAGACUUGAAUGGAAAAAAACGGUAUUUUCCACUUUAAUAGUAAUUAUUGCACAUGCUAAAGUGUAUCUGACAGACUGGACUUUUUUCACACUGAUAAGUUUUUGUGAAAUGUAUCAUUCAUUUCCAGCACUACAUGACCUGGUCCUGUAUUACAUCUUUCCCUUUUACCAGUAUUUAGCAAACUUUUCCAAAACUGGCACCAGAAAUGGAGUGAUAGAGGCUGCUUUUGUGUAAUGUACCAAAAGAAAAAAAAAACCCACAAUGAAAGGACAAAUGCUGUGCUUGCUUGUAUAAAUGCUGUUCGGCUCUACCUUCCAAAUGCCAAACUUGUUGCUGUGAUAAAUGUACGAAUUAAAAGCAAUAGAAAUGCUGGAACCGGCCUUCUAUAUGCUGCAGUAAUCUGCGCUUAAUGGGAAGACCGAUUACUACACUGAUUGUGUGCGUUUGUUUUUUUUCUUUUCUCCUUAUGAAAAAAAAUGGGCUUCUUCUAAGAACAGGGAAGGAGUUAUUAGAUGUUUUACUGCUAAUGAACAAAACAGUGGAGCAAAUCACCCUGUCAAUGUGUGAGAUUUGUGUCUGUAUAGGCUUUGAAAUGGAACCAGGCUGGUAUGUGUUCUGUCUUUGUAUGGCUUCCAGAGAGUUAAAAAUCUUGAUUAGGAUCACUGUUCCUUUUUGUCUUUGCUUUAACCUUUGCUUACCAGUGCUGACGAAAGUGCACUGCUGUAUUCUGGGCUUGUUUUAGGCUGCAGUACUCUUUGUAGCCACUAAGGUGUGUUCUAGUCUAAUAAAGACUCUUGGCGCUCAA